AUGGAAAUUGAUCAAGAGGUAUCGUCAUCAGGAUACUCGUCAAGCUCUUCCUACUCGAUAUUGGGUUACAAUAAGGUAGGUCUACGUUAUGUGGUCACUUUUGGUUUAAAGACGUAAUUUAUGUUGUUUAUUGUGUGGAAUUGCAUAGUCGUAAUCAUUUAUAAUUAAUACCUAAUUAAUAAUUUGAUAUAUCAUAUAAUAAUCGUUUUCAUUGCAGGCAAAACGCGGGGCUGUCAACUUCGAGAUGCUUCAAUCUGAUCGGGAAUGCCUUGGACUGGGGCCACAAACCUCCACCUAUUCAAAUGAGACUCGUUAUUUGGAAAUGAGACAUAGACUGAAAACCGAAAUGUCGCUUAAAGAGGAUCGAAUGGCCCGUCAGCAGCUUUUGAAGAACAAAAGGAAACGAACGCGACAAGCUAUCAUCGAGCAAAACCGACCGUUCUUCGUGUCCGACGACAACGAUACGAUAGUCGAGCACGACGACGAUGAGGAUGUUGUGUACGAGAUGGGAGACAUCAGCCCGAAGAUGUUCAACGAACUCGACGGCGGAGUCUACAUAGAUGAAGUCGACAUCGUGGACAUGACCGACGAUGGGAUCGAAAACUGUUUGGACAUGUUGUGUGACAUCGACGAGAGCGACCUCAGCGAGAGCGAGCUCAGUUUCUUCGGUUGUGACACGGAUACGGAACGCGAAGAAGAUGGAUACACUACGGCUGAUUUCGACGAUACCGACCCCGAGUCGGACGCGGAGAUAGCCGACAUUGCCCUUCUGCAGUCGGUUGGCUCCACCGAAGAGGAGAUCGUGAGGAUACGAUUCCCGUUCAUGUCAAUGAGGGUCUUCCUAUCGGAUGUCUACUGCCUCAUGGACGACGCCUUCGUCAACGACACCAUCGUGGACUUCUGUUUGAAUCACAUGGUCUUCAACGAACUGCCAGAAGAUGUGUACAAAAUCCACACCUUCCCGUCUACCUUCUUCUACUACCUUCAGAUGCAAUUGUUCCGUGAAGGAAGCUCAAAGGACGAUGCUCCAGCUCAGAGGUUGAUGAGACGUUUCUCCAGGUUGGCUCCAUUUGUUGAGAAUCUUGACAUCUUCGAAAAUGACUUCUUGGUGUUCCCUAUGAACGACAUGAACCAUUGGUAAGGCCUUAAUGAUCUUGUAAAUUGAGUUUUUAUGAAAUUUGAGUUCGAACUGUGAUAGUGUUUUUAUAUGUAAUAUAAUGAGCACAAAGUAUUAUCUAGCAAAUGUUUUUAGGUCGUUGUGCAUCGUAUGUUGUCCACAGUUACUGCUCGACGAAGACCAAAGAGCUCACAUGGAGAAGAGCAAUGUCAUCGCACCAAAACCAUGCAUAAUCAUGUUCGACUCGCAAUACAACGAACAGCCGAACCUCGAGAAGUACGGUGGUCAUAUUCGUGAAUUCUUACAGUUUGCUUACAUUUACAACCAUGGUUACUGCGACAAUCUGAGCGACAGGUUUUCGGAAGACAAACUCAAGAUCAUCUACCCACAGAGACUGCCACAACAGACCAACAUGUACGACUGUGGAUUAUACUUGCUCGAGUACGCCAAGAACUUCUUCAUGAACCCUCCAAAUAUGGUAAGAAUUGUUUCUGAGGACAUAUUUUAUUGUCAUGGCCAUGAUCAUAGUACUUGAAGUUAUCAAAAUUGGAACGGUUCUUUUGACGAAAGUCUUUAAAAUUGUUCGCAAUUCGUUAACCUUGAAUUAAUUGUGUUUUAAACUGAAAGUUAAUUGUAAAUCUUUAUAGGAGAAAGCCACUACCUGCUUCGACUUCUUGGCUGAGUACCCUCAAUUCAGCACGACCAACAAACGUGCUGCUUUGCGUCGGGAGAUCUUGAGUAUGAACGAACAGUACGAGUCACUUCUGAAGCACGAGCUCUGA